GGUCGUGAGGGUAUUCUGAUAAUUUUGAGCUUCCCAAUUUUCCACCGCAAAACCCUAACCUGAUAAGACCCCGUUCUCUCCCUCGUUCGCUUCAUCUCCCCUCCUCUUCUUAGACCAGCCGAAGUCUGCGACCAGAGUCACAGACAGCAGAGGAUCCACUCUUCCUUCUGGUCACAUCGGAAAAAAAUGACGUUCAAGAGGAGAAACGGAGGACGAAACAAGCAUGGCAGAGGCCAUGUCAGGUUCAUUCGCUGCUCUAACUGCGGCAAAUGCUGCCCUAAGGACAAGGCAAUCAAGCGAUUCCUUGUGAGGAACAUCGUCGAACAGGCAGCAGUCCGUGAUGUCCAGGAAGCUAGCGUUUACGAGAGCUACACACUCCCAAAGCUAUACGCGAAGAUGCAAUACUGCGUUUCGUGUGCGAUCCACUCUCACGUAGUUCGUGUGAGGUCCCGUACCGAUCGCCGCAACCGUGAGCCUCCACAGCGCUUCAGGCGCAGGGAGGAUUUGGGUAAGCCAGGACAAGCUCCACGCCCAGCUGCCGCUGCUGUUCCGGCCCGUACGUGAGGGUUUAUUUACUUGGAUUACUAGUCUUUAUAGUUAUGUACUCGGUUGAGGGUUAAUUUUGUUCUUCUGGAUUUAUUUCACAAUUCUGUUUCCGUACUUGACUAUGGCACACAUUGAGCAAUUGAACACUAUUGCCGAGGGAAAUUUAGGUGUUUACUUAUUAUGAAAGGCUAUUCCAUUUUGCUGGUUUUGUUAUAAUUAUUUUUUAUUUAAAUCUCUGCCGUUAUAGUUUCA